GGUUCUAACCUAUGGGGUCUAAGGAGGUUCUGUCACGGUCAAGACUCGUAUGAAGUAUUCUGUGUGUAUGAAUUGUAUUUGUCGGUUCACCCUACUUUACGGUUUCCAUUGUGGUUUCCAUUACUCGAGUGUCGGCUGAAUGAUAUAAUACAACGUCGUCCAAAUCUUCUCUUUGGGGUUGAACGAGUAUUUGUUUGCGAUUUUCCAAUUGAUUUCUUGCUAUAACUUCUCCACAUUCCAGUUGCACGACUUAUUAAAAUGGCUUAUCUAACCCGCAAAGAGAUAGAUGAUAUGAAGCCUCAAAUAGAGAAGGCAGUACAUAAGUUUCUGGGUUUUGGCGAGCCUUCAAUCGUUACUACUGCUAUGAACUGUAUUACUUCUGGUUACGACAAGCGUAAAACUGCUGACAAACUUUCGGCACUCUUGGAAGAAAAGAAGGCUACCAAGUUGAUGGAAAAAAUAUUUUCAAUUUACGAUGACACUAAAGCUAGCCAAAAGACUAAGAAACGUCCCCAUAUCGAUGACAAGGAUAAAGACAGAGAUGCAAAGAAACCGAAAACAAAAGAAGAAGAAUUCAUGAAUGAAAAACCUACAGAAGCACAGUUGUCCGCUGACAAGAUAAAACAAAUGAUGUUGAAUGCUCAAAGAGAGAUUGAGGAGCGUAAACGAGCGUUAAAGGCAAUACGGCAAGAUGAUAUGCCGCCAGUACGACCCUUGUUCCGAGCUCGCGAACCCAUGCCGUCCGUAGGGAGUAUGUACAAUCAGGGACUGUUGAGUAAAAAUGAUUCUGACAAAGCUCGGAAGAUUGCUGCACUUCAGGCUCAAAUUAGGAACAAACUCAGUUCGGGAUUAUUGGGAAGCCUGCCAGUCCCUGAUAAGCCAACACCCUUGAUACUGGAUGAAUCUGGAAGAACAGUUGAUAUUACGGGAAAAGAGGUUCAACUCACCCAGGUCGUUCCUACGCUAAAAGCCAAUAUUCGAGCAAAGAAACGAGAAGAAUUCAAAGCACAGCUGCAGGAUUCUAAGGGACCAGAGGAGAUGCAGGAUACACAUUUUUUCGACAAUCGGAUCGGUGCAAAGCCAGCCCAAAGAAAUAAACGAGCCUUAAAGUUCCAUGAGCCUGGGAAGUUUCAACAACUGGCGGACAGAAUACGUAUGAAAGCCCAGUUGGAAAAACUGCAAAAUGAAAUAUCACAAAUUGCCAGAAAAACCGGUAUUAGUUCGGCGACAAAACUUGCACUGAUUGCCCCCAAAACUGAAGCCUUGAACGAAGAUGUACCCAAUGUCGAGUGGUGGGAUUCGGUUAUUAUUACCGGAUGUUACGCAGGUGACAAAGAACAAAUGCCAGUCAAGAUUUCCGCUAUUACAAACUUGGUUGAACAUCCAACGCAAAUGCGGCCUCCAACUGAUCCUCUCAAGCCGAUCUACAUGCCAGUAUUUCUUACAAAGAAGGAGCGUAAAAAAUUACGACGGCAGAACCGACGAGAAGCAUGGAAAGAGGAACAGGAGAAGAUCCGUCUGGGUUUGGAACCACCGCCUGAGCCAAAGCUAAGGAUCUCUAAUUUAAUGCGUGUCUUGGGUACAGAAGCUGUACAGGAUCCUACAAAAAUUGAGGCUCAUGUCCGUCAGCAGAUGGCGAAGAGAUUGAAGGCUCAUGAGGAUGCAAAUGCGGCACGGAGGCUUACUGCGGAACAACGACGCGAGAAAAAAGCUCGUAAGCUAAAGGAGGAUACCACCCUUGGUGUACACGUAGCAGUUUACAGGAUACGAGAUCUAGUUAAUAAUGCGUCGAAGAAGUUCAAAGUGGAAACAAAUGCCAAACAAUUAUACUUGACCGGAUGUGUGAUGUUGUUUCGCGACUGCAAUGUAGUUGUAGUUGAGGGUGGAGCUAAACAACUGAGCAAGUAUAAACGUUUGAUGGUACGGCGAAUAAAAUGGGAAGAGGAUAUCGUCAAAGAUAAUGAUGGAAACGAGGUGCCUAAUAGAUGUGUCUUGGUUUGGGAGGGUACAAGCAAACAGCGUCACUUUGGUGAGAUAAAAUUCAAGGUGUGCCCAAUCGAAAAAAUGGCAAGGGAACACUUCAAAAAACAUCAGGUUGAACACUAUUGGGAUCUGGCAUAUAGUGGUGCGGUACUGGACAAUACAGAUGAUGCACGUUCCUAAAACCUAAUGUGGUAAUGAAAAGAUAUUACAAAUAAUGAAUCGUAGAAUUCUUGGAGAGAAAUAAAUGAUAAAUAAUCAAAUUCA